AUGACUUCCGAAUUGGCUCCGACCACACUGCCGCCCGUGGGCAGCCCAUGGCGAUACCUCCCCAACUUGGGCGCGAACUGUGCAUUCGCAGUGAUCUACGCCGUGUGGUGCACCGCGGCGGUCGCCUACAUCCUGCGUACGCGAAAGCCGCGCUGGGGCUGGUGCAUGCCCGCCGGGCUCUUCUUCUCUUCCCUCGGGUUUGUCCUGCGCUGCGCCGCGCGCGGAUCCGACGCGAGCCUGGAGAGCAUACCAUUGUACGCGGUGCAGAGCCUGUUCGUUAUCCUCUCGCCCUGCGCGUUCCUCGCAUUCAACUACAUCGCGUUCGGCCGCACCAUCGUCGCGCUCGACCCAGCUCUUGCGGGAUGCAAAGAUGCUGCACCUAGACGCCGCGCUCGGUCCGCGUACAGCCCCUUGCCACCGCAACUGUUCGGACGCGUAUUUGUCUGGUCGGACGUUGUCACGUUCCUUGUGCAGGCGACCGGCGGCGGUUUGCAGGCUACCGGCGGCACCACCGCUACGCUCGGCUCCAAGAUCUUCUUGUUCGGCGUCACGCUGCAAGCGGUCAGCUACUUGGUCUUCGUCGCGCUCGUCGUCACGACGCACGUCAGGCUCCUGAAGGAGAGCUCGGCGCAUUCGCUCGACUACAUGCUCAGCUCGCACCCGGCCAUGCGCAUGCUCGCUUGCCUCUACUUUUCGAGCGUGUUCUUCGUCGUUCGCUCCAUCUACCGUAUCGUCGAGAUGGCAGAAGGCUACGAGGGUAUGCUGAUGAGCAACGAAGGCUUUGUGAUCGCUCUGGACACUGUGCCUUUGAUCGUUGCCACAGGUAUCUGGCUGGUGUACUGA